CUCGGCCUUACGGGCACACGCGUUUUGUGACGACCGACGAUCGAGAAAGUAAAGAUGGGUUCCGUUCAAGAGGAGAAGCCCCCGGAAGCAGUACCGAAGACCCACGUCCGUGACAUCCGGAACACCGAGCUGGUGUCUCGACUGCUGGCAGCCACACCUCCGUACCUCUACAGCGCGCUCCCUCUCCAGCCGCACGCGUUCUUCUUCAGUGAAAUGCUGCGAUCCUUCGUGAGCGCCAGACACGGCUGCCGCCCCCCUCACUAUCACAGACGAUUCAAGCGCCGCGCCCACAAAUACUUCGCGGAGAACGAGGACUGGCGCAGGGACUGGCCCAAGCCCGAAGAAGAUAAGAAGGAGCACGAAACACGACCGGAAGUACCCCUGGAGUUGACCGUAGACAAGCAGCCUCGCGUUUGUUCCCCUCCGAGAAGGUUGUCUCCCAAAUCUGACCCUCCGAAGCCGAGCAGCCCGGGACCUCCUGGAAGACAGUCGACGUUCGUAGACGUUGGAACAGAGGAGCUACCCAAACCGGCGCCGUGCGUCGGUAGGAGUCCCCUCGAAGCGAAUUCGAUUCCUCCCUCUAAUCUCAUUCUACCCCCACCGCCGCCGAUGUGGUAUCCCCCACUCUACAAUCCCCAAUUCAGCGUCGAUCCACUCAACUUCUUCAUAGACCUUCGCGUCUCCGGACAUAUUUACGAUAGGAAACGAAUGCCGACCGAAACCGAUAAUAAUGCCAAUCCAGAGCGACCCGAAACGGGACCAGACAAGGGCAUCGGGAAGGAUUUCGGCCAGAAACCUCGGCAUUUGUCGGCUUUUUCCGUUCCCGUUCGGAAUCAGAAUCCGGAAACAGAUAAAUACUUCGAUCAAAAUAGGUAUGUUGGGAAACCAAACGGCUCCUCCUAUAUCAUGAAGAAUUUGAAACGGGUAUACGAAACCUUGCAUACAGACAGAAAAAUGGACACAAAGACGAAAGACGAAAAUGACACCAAAGCUGAAUCGACAGACUUAGAAGAUGAUAUCACGGAUUAAUUAUAUUUUAGGCUAAUUUGAAAAAUAAUAACUCUACGUGCGAGCUCAGAUA